AUGAACAAUCAAAAGGAAAAUUCACAUGCAAGAAAGAAUCUUAUACAAAAUUUUCUGAAAGAAAUGAAUUACGAUACUAUGAAAUGUGUCUUUAAUUGGAAUCAUGGUAUUGAGCGAGAAUUUAAACAAUUUUGUGACAAAGAAAUCGAAUUUUUGCUUAAUGUGUCAGAGAAGACUUUUAAAAAAUAUUUAAAAGAAUGGUGGGAUAAAAAACUAGAAAAAACGUAUAACGAAAAGCGGGGAGAUGAUGGAUGGAGGAAAAACUUAUAUAAAGAUACAUGGGACAAAGGAUUUAGUAACUCGUGGAAUGAUAUUAAAAAUCGGAUCGAAAAUUAUAAAUCUUCGGGUAUUAAUAUUAUAAGUAAGGAAAUCAUAAUCCAGUUUUUAACUAAAAUGUCGUAUGAUAUUAUUGAACAAGAAACGCAAGGAAACCCAACCCAACAAAAUUUAGAAGAAAUACUUAAAAGUCAAGGGAUAAGAACAAUUAAUGUUGUGGACUACAGUAAUUUUAAUACGAAAAACGGUAAAGUGAAAUUGAAUGAUCCUCAAGAUAUUCUGUAUCUUGGCGGGGAUGAAAAUGAAUAUAACCAAUUAAAAAAACAAGAUCAAGAUACUAGGAAAGAAUAUGAAGAAAAUUGCAAAAGUAGAACGCCUAGUAAAGAAGAGGAAAAUGAUUUCUAUAAUACAAUACGAACCAAGACGAUCAUCUUAAUGGGAGCGACUGGUUCCGGAAAAAGCUUGCUCAUAAACGCAAUGGCUAAUUAUUUACUUGGUGCUGAAGAGGACGGGACGGAUAGAAUACAAAUUCUUAAGAUUGAUGGAGAUGGUAAUCAAUCAAGUAGUCAAACAAGUAAAAUAACCGCAUAUGUGCUUUUUUAUUAUGAUCAAUAUAAUAAACGAAAGGCAAUUCAGAUAAUAGAUACACCAGGUUUUGGAGAUACAGGAGGACAAGAUAGAAAUAAACAGAUCAGUAAACAAAUACGUGACUUUAUAUUAAAAGAUGAAAUGGAAGAAAUUGAUGCUGUUUGUUUUGUAGAUCCUAACUCGAAUGUUAGGGCUACACCUACUGUAAAAUACAUCGCGAAUUCUGUUUUAUCUGUAUUUGCCGAUGAUGUAAAAAAUAACAUUCAUUUGUUAGUUACAUUUGCAGAUUCGGGAUUUCCACCGGUAGUAAAUGCACUUAAAGAAGUCCCCGAUUUUCCUAAAAAUCGCGAUGGAAAGAUCACGUAUUAUAAAAUCAAUAAUAGUGGUUUGUAUACUAAUUAUAAUGACCAAGACAAAUUAUUGUCACAAAAUUUUUGGAUGAUGAGACAAGAAACUUUCGAUAAUUUUUUCUCCAUGUUAGCUAAAACGAAUCCUGUAAGUCUAAAAAAAACUAAGGAAAAUAUAAGAAUCCGGAAAAAUAAUGAAGAAGUAAUAGAAAGUAUAGAAGAACACAUGAAUUUUAUGCUUAAACCAUAUGAAGAAGCUAAGACUGAAGUGAAUAAGUUAAUAAGUAAUCAAACAAAGGACAGAAUCUAUAACAAUUUUGAUGAUUUUUUCGAAAUAAACAUAAUAGCAAAUAGAGGGGAAGUUAAUGAUAGUACAUUGGGUAAUUUAUAUCCCGAGUGUGGUAUUUUGAAAAAUUUAAAAAUCCUAAGAGACAAUGUGAAGAUAAUAUUUGAAAAGCUAGAAAACGUAAACGAGGAACCCUUAAAUCAAACCCAUCCAGAUUCGAAUGUAUUUCAGCUACUUUCUGAAGUUAAAACGAAAAUUAACGAGAAAAAACAAACAAAGGAUUUAACAGAGAACCUGAUUCUAAUUCUAGAUAUGAUUCAAGAUGAUUCGAAUAAAAAUAAACCCUCAUGCGUACCAGUUGAUUCAAGUGAAUCAUCAAAAUAUCCUAAACCCUCACGUGAGCAGAAAACAAAACCGGAACUAUUAAUGAUAGCUGUAGCGGUGAUAUUGAUGAUUAUUGAAGCAGUGUUUACAGGAAUAAUGAUAAGAAAUGUAUUGAAGAAUGGAUAUGGAAUGAAUGAUAUAGUGAUGAACCUAGCCAUGGCAAUUAUAACUGUAAUGGUGAUGCUGUGUGUUAUUGGAUAUGUGAUGAAUAGAAACAGACCUUUCUGGCAUGAUGUAGCGAUGGUAGGAGGAAGUGCAGGAAUUGCAUUUAUGAGAAUCUGUAUGCUAGUGUUUUUGAGUAAGUAUAUGAAUAUAAUGAACAUAAUUAUAAUGGCAAUAGGUGUAGCAAUGAUAAUAGCGAGUGGAGUAGCUAUUGCGAAUAAAAAUAAGAUUAAGAAGAAUGUCGGUGGAAAUGAUAAAAGUGGAAAUUAUACAAAUCGAAUGACUAAGAAUGUGAUAGUGACACUGGGUUUAUGUGUGAUGGCUAUAACAGUAGGAUUUUAG